AUGUCCGACAACUUCAGUGAUAAUAAUAGUUUAAAAUUAUAUGAAAAUGAAGGAAAUGUAAAAUUAACCAAAAGACAUAAAAGUACAAUAGUUGGUGAGGCAUCUUCAAACUUUUUACAACUAAUAUCUAUUUUUGAAAACGAAGAAUCGGAAACAAAAUGUAAAUCUCUGUCGCAGAAACGAUCGACGACAGCGGCAGCGCAGGGAGAGGCAGUGGGAAAAUCGGAGGAAGCGGAAAAUUCGAAGCGAGCUGACGAGGUGGACGAAACGGACGAAGCGGAGGUUUCGUCGACGGCCGGAUCUGAACGGUCCGGUCGCGGGUCGGCCGGAAGAGCAGGCCACCCGAGCGGCGGGAAUCCAUCGACCACUGCCGCAGAGCACACGUCUACCGUGUCCGUUACGAACCACGGCGGCGGCUGGAUAGGACAGCCCGACCGGAACCUGUUGUUUGUCAUCCACCCGUGGUGCAUGCUUCACAAGUCGGGCGCGGACAGGCAGUCGGAAUUCCCGCCGCCCGGGUUUCUGGAACGUCUCAAGGCCAAGCUGAUGGCCCUGCACCGGCAGCCGGACGAACAGCAGCAGCAGCGGCAGCAGCAACAGCGGCACGGCCCGGCCUCGGCGGUCGGGCGGCGUCGGCACGCUCACCAGAGGAUCAAGUGUUGGUUCCAGUGCACGGCCACCGCGCUCGGCGGCGGUGGGCCGGCGGCCGUGACUACUGUCCACGCCGCUUAUCAGCGAAACGAACCGGCGGCGGUGGCCGAUUUCCUGUCCGUCUGGCGGCGGUACGCAAACGUAGCAGCCGCGUGCGCUGAGGCCGACCGGGACUGA